UAUCUCAAAUACUCAAGAGCUGUGACCAACUUAUAGCUUAUUACAAUGGCCAGCUUAUUCUCCUAUCCAUCAGCUUGCCCACUUCUCAGCUUAUUUCUACUUGCAUUUGCAUCAAUAGCUUCUAGAGCCGAUGCACGGGCGUUUUUUGUGUUUGGAGACUCGCUGGUUGAUAAUGGCAAUAACAACUAUCUUGUUACUAGUGCUCGGGCCGACUCCCCUCCUUAUGGGAUCGACUAUCCUACUCAUCGUCCCACUGGCCGUUUUUCCAACGGCCUUAACAUUCCCGAUAUCAUCAGUAAUAAAUUGGGAAUGGAGCCUACAAUGCCAUACUUGAGCCCAUUGCUCAAGGGGCAGAAGCUUCUUGUUGGUGCUAACUUUGCAUCUGCUGGGGUUGGAAUCCUCAAUGACACCGGAAUCCAGUUUUUGAAUAUUAUUCGAAUCAACAAACAACUCGAGUACUUCCAACAGUAUCAAACGCGUGUGACAAGCCUAAUCGGGGCCGAGCGGACGAAGACCCUUGUGAACCAAGCCCUAGUGCUCAUCACCCUUGGGGGCAACGACUUCGUUAACAAUUACUAUUUAGUGCCGUAUUCUGCAAGAUCCCAACAAUUUUCUCUCCCGGACUUUGUCCGAUACGUCAUUUCCGAGUAUCGCAAGAUUUUGGCCAGGUUAUAUGAGUUGGGAGCGAGAAGGGUCCUCGUGACUGGAACAGGGCCAAUGGGCUGCGUGCCGGCUGAGUUGGCCCAACGAAGCCGGGCCGGUGAAUGCGCAGCGGAGCUAACGCGGGCUGCCGGAUUGUUCAACCCACAGCUGACUGAAAUGCUGAGGAGCCUCAAUAGUGAACUUGGGGCAGAUGUAUUUGUGGCUGCUAACACAUAUGCUAUGCACAUGGACUUUAUUUCCAAUCCUCAGGCCCAUGGAUUCAUUACAUCAAAAAUUGCAUGUUGUGGGCAAGGGCCAUACAAUGGGGUUGGGCUGUGCACACCAGUCUCCAACUUGUGCCCAAACAGAGAUGUGUAUGCAUUUUGGGAUUCCUUCCAUCCAUCAGAAAGGGCAAACAGAAUCAUAGUCCAACAGAUCCUGACUGGUGACAACAAGUACAUGAAUCCCAUCAACCUCACCACCAUAAUGGCUAUGGAUUCCAUGACCUAAAUUAUGAUGCCAUAUAUAUUUUCAUUUCUAAUUGUUGUGAUCUAUUUAUUUUUGAGUAUGUAAUUUUUUAUUAGUAAUGUCGAGAAUUUAAAAGUGUUCUGUU